AUGGAAACGCGCAGUACGCCUCUCGAAAAUCGACCGCGACUUCCCCGCAUAGCCCUAAGCAAGCGGAAUCGGGCUGUCGUGAGGGCUCUGAACCCAAUGCUGGUGACCUAUUUGGAAGCCAGCCGGGACCUUUGCGAGACGGACUCAAUUCUCUUUGGCGCCGCACUGGCAGUCUGCCGUAUUAUAGGCGCCAAAUUUUCCACGGCUGGACGCACUACUGGACAAAGUAGUGCUAUCCCAGCCUGGAGAACAAGAAUUGAAGAACGUAUCGCAAAGGCUAGGGCCCUCAUCGGCAGACUGAUAUGCUUCAGGUCAGGCAAUACCAGGCCAAGGAUUGUGCGCACCGUCAGGAUGGCGUUUGCUGGGACAAAUGUUAGUUUGUCCCAGCCGGAUAUAAUGCAAAAACUGACGGAGCGCAUAGACGACCUGAAGCAGAGAAUCGCUGCUUGGGGAAAGCGAAUUCGGCGAUAUACCGAGAGGUCGACACGGUUCAACCAGAAUCGUCUCUUCCAGAGUGAUCAGAAGAGGCUCUAUAAAUCAUUGGAGCGACCAAUGGUAAGUGGAACGGGCCCAGUACCGAAUCAGGCCGACACGGUUGCAUUCUGGUGCAGCCUGUGGUCAGAGCCCGUAAACCACAACGAGGGCCCUUGGACGGAAGUUGUGGCGAGUCAGUGUGCGGGUAUUACGCCCAUGGACCCCGUCACCAUAACGCCGGAUGACGUAGCUGAGGCGGUCCGUAGGGCCCCGAACUGGAAAAGUCCGGGACUCGACGGGCUGCAUCACUACUGGCUGAAGGGGUUCGUGAAACCAGCAGCUGCAUCCGAUAAUAUCCACAUAGUAGAAACAUUCCAAAAACGGAGACUGCACAUCAAAAUUAGUCAAAGAGAAAAGAUGAUAAAAAAACAAAAAAAAUUAUUACUCGCCGAAGGCAUUCGAAUAUUUGCAAAAAAUAUUCCAGACUUGUUUACCUCACUCACGUACUAUAAAAAAUAG